AGAUUGGCUGGAGGGAGGGCGGUGUCGGCCUCCGCCCCCUGUCGCGCUGGGCCGGCUCAGUGGGGACCCCAGCUGUGUGCACCUCAGGCGCGUAAGCUACGGGCGGCGAAGUCCAGCCGGUUUCUCCCACAGCUGAGGGCCGAGACAGGCCGGCCAGUCAGACUUAUUCUGUUUGGGUGUUUUCCAUGCUUCAUCAUGUUGAGGGCUAAGACUCGGCUUUUCAUGUAUUCACUUCAUCACCUGAAGCAGCUGAAAGAAUCAUCAUACUCCAGGCUUAUAUGGCAGCGACUUCUGCACCAGCAACAGCCUCUUCACCCAGAAUGGGCUGCUCUGGCUAAAAAGCAGCUGAAAGGCAAAAACCCAGAAGACCUAAUAUGGCACACUCCAGAAGGGCUCUCCAUAAAGCCCUUAUAUUCCAGUAGGGAUACCAAGGACUUGCCUGAAGAACUUCCAGGAGUGAAGCCAUUCACGCGGGGACCAUAUCCUACCAUGUACACCUUUAGGCCCUGGACCAUCCGUCAGUAUGCUGGUUUUAGUACUGUGGAAGAGAGCAAUAAGUUCUAUAAGGACAAUAUUAAAGCUGGUCAACAGGGAUUAUCCGUUGCCUUUGAUCUGGCAACACAUCGUGGCUAUGAUUCAGACAACCCUCGAGUGCGUGGUGAUGUUGGAAUGGCUGGAGUUGCUAUUGACACUGUGGAAGAUACUAAAAUUCUCUUUGAUGAAAUUCCUUUAGAAAAAAUGUCAGUUUCCAUGACCAUGAAUGGAGCAGUUAUUCCAAUCCUUGCAAAUUUUAUAGUAACUGGAGAAGAGCAAGGCGUACCUAAAGAACAACUUACUGGUACAAUCCAAAAUGAUAUACUAAAGGAGUUUAUGGUCAGAAAUACUUACAUUUUUCCUCCAGAGCCAUCCAUGAAAAUUAUUGCAGACAUUUUCCAAUACACAGCAAAGCACAUGCCAAAAUUUAAUUCAAUUUCAAUUAGUGGUUACCAUAUGCAAGAGGCAGGGGCUGAUGCCAUUCUGGAACUCGCCUAUACUAUAGCAGAUGGACUGGAGUAUUGUAGAACUGGACUCCAAGCAGGCCUGACAAUUGAUGAGUUUGCACCAAGGUUGUCUUUCUUCUGGGGAAUUGGGAUGAACUUCUAUAUGGAAAUUGCAAAAAUGAGAGCUGGGAGAAAACUCUGGUCUCACUUAAUAGAGAAAAUGUUUAAGCCUAAAAACUCUAAAUCUCUUCUUCUGAGAGCACAUUGUCAGACAUCAGGAUGGUCACUUACUGAGCAGGAUCCUUACAAUAACAUUAUUCGUACCACAGUGGAAGCAAUGGCAGCAGUGUUUGGAGGGACUCAGUCUUUGCACACAAAUUCUUUUGAUGAAGCCUUGGGUUUGCCAACGGUGAAAAGUGCUCGAAUUGCCAGGAACACACAAAUCAUCAUUCAGGAAGAAUCUGGGAUUCCCAAAGUGGCUGAUCCUUGGGGAGGUUCAUAUAUGAUGGAAUCACUUACAAAUGAUGUUUGUGAUGCUGCCUUGAAGCUCAUUAAUGAAAUUGAAGAGAUGGGUGGAAUGGCCAAAGCUGUAGCAGAGGGAAUACCUAAACUUCAAAUUGAACAAUGUGCUGCCCGAAAACAAGCUAGAAUAGACUCUGGUUCUGAGGUAAUUGUUGGAGUAAAUAAGUACCAGUUGGAAAAAGAAGAAUCUGUGGAUGUUCUCGCGAUUGACAAUACUUCAGUGCGUAACAAGCAGAUUGAAAAACUUAAGAAGGUUAAAUCCAGCAGGGAUCAAGCUGUGGCUGCAAGGUGUCUCUCUGCCCUGACUGAGUGUGCUGCCAGUGGUGAUGGGAAUAUUCUGGCUCUUGCAGUGGAUGCAGCUCGUGCAAGAUGUACAGUUGGAGAAAUCACAGAUGCCAUGAAAAAGAUAUUUGGUGAACAUAAAGCUAGUGAUCGUAUGGUGAGUGGAGCCUAUCGCCAGGAAUUUGGAGAAAGUAAAGAGAUAUCAUUUGCUAUCAAGAGGGUUAAUAAAUUCAUGGAACAUGAAGGUCGUAGACCUCGCCUUCUUGUGGCAAAAAUGGGACAAGAUGGACAUGAUAGAGGAGCAAAAGUUAUUGCUACAGGAUUUGCUGAUCUUGGUUUUGAUGUGGACAUAGGUCCUCUUUUUCAGACUCCCCGGGAAGUGGCCCAGCAGGCUGUAGAUGCAGAUGUGCAUGCAGUGGGUGUAAGCACACUUGCCGCUGGUCAUAAAACCCUGGUUCCUGAGCUCAUCAAAGAACUUAACUCUCUGGGACGGCCAGACAUUCUUGUCAUGUGUGGAGGGGUGAUACCACCACAGGAUUAUGAAUUUCUGUUUGAAGUUGGUGUUUCCAAUGUAUUUGGUCCUGGGACUCGAAUUCCAAAGGCUGCCAUUCAAGUGCUUGAUGAUAUUGAGAAGUGUUUGGAAAAGAAGCAGCAAUCUAUGUAACAUCCUGUUUUUGUUUUAGCUUUUUUCUUAAGUACUCUUCCAGUGAUGAUCAAAGAAGAGAGGGAAGCCAUGUUUUCAAUUUAAUUCAACACCUGAUACAUGCUUUCUUGAAAGCUUUACAUUAAAAAUACCUGACUUAGAAGAAUAUUGGCAUGAUAUAAGAAUGUAUGUGCAGUUUCACUUUAAAAGUUGAAAAGAAAUUAUCCUUAAAAACUCUAUAACACAUACUUUAUCAGAAACUCUAGAUAAAGGCAUUUAAAAAUUCAUAUUUAUUUGAAGUAUUUCUUAUAAAUCUAUUUACUUUCUAUUUAAAAAAUUAAACUUUACCUAAAAAAAAGUCUGACUAGUCCCAUUCUUCAAUGUAGCAUUAUAUUCACUUGACCACCAGAAAAUGAAAUCCAUAUAUGAAAAAAAUAAUUAAAAUAUCUUGGAAAAAAUAGUGAGAGUAUAUAUGUUGUGAUUGUAGUCCUCAGAAUUACCUUAAGAAGAGUAUUAAAUCAGAUCUGAAGGUUGUAAUAGUAGAGAAAUGGCCAAAUAUUACUUCAGGUCUGACUUUGCUUUCUUCUUGGGCAUGAACAUGUGGCCUUAUUAUUGCUGGGCUUGGCUUUAGCCCCAGGAGGGUGAAUGUUUAUGAAUAUUCCAUAAAUGAAAGUGCUUAAGUUGUCAAUAUGACUUCCUCCAAAAUGAUGAUGGAAGCAGGGGGUAUAGAAGGGCUAUGGUGUAUGUGUCUGCAAAAGCUAGUAAUUCAAUCUAGGUCUGAAGGCCUGAGGACCAGGGGAAUCCAUGGUGUAAAUCCCAGUUCAGAGGUCAGAGAAGCUGAUAUGAGAUGGCCCAGCUCAAUUAGGGAGGCAGGAAAAAUGGGGUGAGUUCCUCCUUCCUCUACCUUUUGUUCUACUCAGGCCCUCAACAGAUUGUAUGAUGCCUGCCCACAUUGCAAAGAGCAAGGUAUUCUAAAAGUCCACUGAUAUAAAAGCUUAUUUCAUUCAGAAACAUCCUAACAGACAUACUCAGAAACAAUAUUUAAUCUGGACAUCCUGAGGCCAGUCAAGUUGACACAAAGUCACCUAUCACAGAGCUCUUGCUGGUGGCAAUGUAUAAUGAUGCUUCUGUGGGGAAAAUGAUAAUUCCUCAAAAAAUUAAAACUAUCAAGUGGCCCACCAAUUCCGCUUCUGCGUAUACAUCCAAAAGCAUUGAGAGUAGGGUCUCAGACAGGUAUUUUACACCCAUAUUCAUAGCACCAUUAUUCACAGUAGCCAAAGAGUAGAAGCAAAUCAAAUGCCCAUCAACAAAUGAAUGAAUUAACAAAAUGUGGUAUAUACUUACAAUACAAUAUUAUUCAGCCUUAAAAAAGGAAUUCUGACACAUGCAGCAACAUAGAUGACCCUGGAAGACAUGCUGUGAAAUAAGCCAGUCAAAAAAGACAAAUAUUGUAUGAGUCUAUUCUUAUGAAGUACCUAGAAUAGUCAAAUUCAGAGGCAGAAACAAUGUUGUUUGCCAGGGCCUAGGGAGAGGAGGGAAUGGGGAAUUAAUGUUUAAAUGGGUUUCAUCUGGAGAAGAUGCUAAAGUUCCAGAAAUAGAUGGUGGUAUAGUUGAGCAAUCAUGUGAAUGUACUUAAAGCUGUGAAACUGUGCACUUAAAAAUGGUUAAUAAGGUGAAAUUUAUGUAUGUCUUACCAGAAUAAAAAAGUAGGACUGUCCUGACAUUUGAUAAAUGUUUUAUAACUUAGUUGUUAGCAUUAUUGUGUUACUAUUAUGAAAAGAAUCAAUGGUAAGGCAAUGAAGCUGGAAUGGUAGGUUGAGGCUAGAUGAUACAUAGAGGCUUGUACAGUUAAGGCAUUUGGACUUUAUCCUGAAGAUAAAAGCAGAAUUAUACUGUGAUUCUAACUAUGAGAAUAAUCUGUUAAGAUUUGUUUUAGCACAGCAGCUAGUGGAAGAUGCUUUUUAAUGGGGCAAGACUGGGGAUAAGAGUUGCUUACGUGUUGCUUAGAGAUGGCCAAGACAGAGAAUAUGACCAUAUUUUGGAAGAUAGAGUUGACAGAAUCUAGCUUUUAUCUUUUAAAACAAAGGGCUCUUGAUCAUUAGGUAUUUUCUGUGUGAAAUAUGCUAUGCCCCCUCAUCUAGUUGGUUGUUCUUUUGUGGAUCUUCUUUGAUAUGCAGUGAUUUCAUAAUUAGAUACAUCAUAGUGUCAACAUCAGGAAAAGGUAAAAUUGUGGAAUUUGUUUUCCAGUGAUCAUUUUGUCAAUUCUAGAGCUUGGAAGCUUUUCUGGCUCUGGAAGUAUACUGGAAUGAUGUCUUUAGGGUACUCUGAAGACAUCAUAAUGCUUUCCUUGCAACUUAAUGGAAAUAUAUAUAUUUUAUGUAUGUUUAUAUAAGUAGUGUAGAAAGUGGAGGAGAAGUUUAAAGAGGCAUCCUUUCUGAGCAAAACCUACUACCUACUUGGAAAUAGGAGAAAUAAAAGUAAAGCAAAAGAAAGCAGGAUGAAUUUCUCCUUCCUCUGAUUUCCAUGUCCAGGAGUAGGAAUUCAUGGAUGGAGAGCAGAGGCACGGGGAUUGUUAAAUAUCUCUAGAUCUGUCUAUACAGACAAGGUUAUGUAUGCCAUGUCACCACCACCCUCUACCAGUAUCUUAAAAUUCCUAUCCAUUUCAUUCCUCUCAAAUACCUUUUUUUAAAAUAAAAAAUGGAUCUAAUAAAAUCAUUUAUGUUAAGAUGUGUCAGGGAAUACACGUUUAUUUUACCAGAGGUAAUUUUUAUUUUAAAUGAGGGGGAGAAAAACUUACCAAAGUGAUGAAUAUCUAAAUAUACUUUUUGCUAUUUAAUAGAGACUCAGUAAAAAGGAUGAUUAUGAUGAUAACUAUGUUAUUUCCACCAGUAGGUUAAAUUUUGACUCAUUUCCAAAGAAUUAUGAACCAUCCUUUUGGCCAUUAGACAAAUCUUGAUUUUAUAAGUAGCCUAAAGUUGAAAGAUAAAAAUUCUAUGUGUGUGUGUGUAUAUAUAUAUGCUAUUAAACUAUUCUGUGUAAUUUGUACUUCAUAACGAAAAAUGCUUCAGCAUUCAAAAAUAUUUCCAGAAGAAGUAAUUUUGGUUUUCUGAUUAAACAUAAUGCUAUUGUUUACUAGUUCUUAAAUCCUUUAAUUUUUUUCUUCUGUACCUGUAGGUGUCUCCCUAAGGCCAGGAUUAUUCUAUUUCCCUGAAACAAUAUUUGAAAUGAUGCCCAUCCUAGAGACUCAUAGGUGCUGUAAACACUCAGAGAAAGCAUAUCUCUUUAACAGUCUGCUUAGAUGCACCUAAUGUCAUCUGCCAUGAUUGUGACCUGGAGUCAAUAAAAUUAAAUGUUGAUAAUUGUU